AUGGGUGAUGCAAAUUGCUUACUCAAGGAGCUAGCUUCUCAGAAGUCGGAUCAACAACAAUGGUGCAUUGAGGCAACUUCCACAUUUGAUAUCAAGUCAGGGUUGAUCAGUCAAAUAUCAAAGUUCCAUGGAUGUGCAUGGGAAGAUCCGAAUAAGCAUCUUAUGGAGUUUCAAUGGUUGACGAAAAACAUGAUACCUAAUGGGGCUAAUGCAGAUGAAGAAACGUUGUGUGCUUUUCCUUUCUCUUUACUCAAUGCAGCUAAAGAUUGGUUAUAUUAUUUACCGCCUGGUAGUAUCACAACAUGGAAUGGAUUGAAGAGACUCUUCCUAGAGAGAUAUUUUCCUGCAUCAAAGGCUAUUCAAAUUCCCAAGGAGAUUUGUGGGAUGAAGCAAAGUGUAGGGGAAUCGUUGUAUGAAUGUUGGGAGCGGUACAAGAGAUUGACGGUGACACAAGCUAGAGAGUUUAUUGAGAGUAUGGCAGCAAAUUCUCAACAAUUUUCAAGUUGUGGAUCAGAACCACCUACCAAGGGAGUUAAUCAAGUUGAUGAGAUUAUUGAAUUACGUCAACAAAUGAGCAACGUGAUGGCAGUGAUGCAACAAGUUGCAGCGGUGGUUGUAAAACCAUCAAGCCCAGCUUAUGAGAACGUAGAGCAUGUCAAUGCUAUAUUCUCAACUCAGUCCCAUCCGAGUGAGUUCCAACAACAAGUGCAACAACCGCAACAAGCCCAAAAUUCAGAAUUGGCAAGGAUGGUUACUUUGGUGGAGGCUCUAAUGUCUGUGGUACAGCAAAAUCAACAACUAGCGAACUUAAAUCAGCAGAAAACGGAUAAUGCAAUUAAGGAGUUGCGAUCACAAGGUGCGGUUAAGGACUUGCAAACACAAGUUGGUUCAAUGAUCGAGGAGAUUAAUCAGUUGCAUGCACAAAAUGGUGAGAAACUCCCUUCCCAACCUCUUAACCCUAGAGAUGGUGUCAAUGCUAUUACGUUUGGAAGUGGUACACGACUUGUGCAACCUGAAAUUGCUGAUUUGGGUAAAGAAGAAGCCCCAAAGGAACUAGUUUUGGAGGAAAAGGAUGUUGAUUUCUCCCAAACUUUCGAGUGGACUAAUCUACUAAAGGUCCGCAUUGCUCACCUACUCGAGGCUAUACCACCCGAGGCAUUUUUCAUUGCUUGCUUCUGA